CACUUCGGUUUUCACGAGUGUGACGUCACCUUGAUGUCACUUUCCCGCCGGAACACGCUUCCUCAGCUGGACUGGUGGCAAAAGAGCUACUCACUGGAUUUUAUAGGGGAAACUGCGAAAACAUGCAGCUACUUAAUGUCAUCAGAAAUUGAAGACAUCUUGGCCUAAAUGUUGCCAAAAUGCAGGGCAGUUGAAAGCCCAGCGGAGCCAGUGAUCUGCACACAUCCUCUCCGUCUGUCCAUCACGCCUCUCGGAGCAGGUUCUCCUAGGCUGUAGUAAUUAGUGUAGACACCCGCUGCCCUCCUCAAGACCUGCAGUCAUCCCAGAUCAGCUUCAGCAGCCAUGCGCAAAAGAUCCAACCAUGAUGGAAACAACAGCAGGAGGUGCUCAAUUCCCCAGCAGGAACUUACAGGGGCCACUGCUUAUUUCCAUGGUAACAUUAGGGGGGCAUGAGGAUGGCCUCUUGGGAAGAGAAUUUGGGUCAGCCCAAUCACUCUGUGCUGGAGAUGGAGGGGCCACCGGACCUGUCCAGCUCUCUCUUCAAUCUCAGCAGCAGUUAUGGGGGCACGGGGUCUUUCCUCUGGCUGUUUCCAUCGGAGAACGUCACAUGGACCACCAUGAGGCCCACAAUGCAGCCAGUUGCCCCUCCACGGGUACGAGACCAAGCCUUGGCCCAGGCGGAGAUUGGGGUGCUGGGGCUGGUGCUUGCUCUCACUACUCUGGGUAAUGGAUUUGUGCUGUGGGUGCUACUGCGUAGGAAGAAACAUCAUGCUCCCAUGCACCUCUUCAUGGUCAAUCUGUGCGUGGCUGACCUGGUAGUGGCCUUCUUUCAGGUGCUGCCACAGUUGGUGUGGGACAUCACUGAGCACUUCCAGGGCCCUGACGCUUUGUGUCGCUCCGUCAAAUAUUUGCAGGUUGUCGGGAUGUUCGCAUCCUCCUAUAUGAUCGUGGCCAUGACUGUGGAUCGGCAUUAUGCCAUCUGCUGCCCCCUGCAGGCGUAUCGCGGGGGCGCGCCCUCUCGCUGGAACACCCCUAUAAUGGUUGCAUGGGGCCUGGCCCUUGUGCUCAGUUUACCACAGGUGUUUAUCUUCUCACGGUCAGAGGUGUCCCCUGGGGUGUUUGAAUGCUGGGGCCACUUUGCUGAGCAAUGGGGUCUUAAAGCAUACGUCACCUGGAUGACUGUGGCUGUGUUCGUAUUGCCAGCUUUAAUCAUCACUGUCUGUCAGGUUCGCAUCUUCAGAGAAAUCCAUGACAAUAUCUACCUGAAGUCAGAGCGGGUGGUGACAGCAGAAUUUAAGAGGAACUCUGUCUUCUUCCACUUUGCUCAGCGGGAGGGUGGCAGGGGAAGGAGCAGAGAGAGAAACAGACAGAGCAGGCACACUCACCAUGGUGACAGCAAUUUCAGUCAAGCUCACUGCAACCCCUCACUUCAUGCCAGAGAGGAAGAGUCCUCCUCAAGCCUAUAUGAUGACUACUCUCAGACUUUACCCUGCAGGAGCUCUAUCUGUGAGCCCUGCUUUGGGCCCCUCCCCUCUUCAGACAGCUCCUCCCCUUCCAUCACAACUCACCUGCAAAACACCUCCAACCAUCUCUCAGACUCCUCCCAUUCUCAGUCAUUAUCAGCCAAUAGCGUUUGUGGAUUGGCUGGACACCCAAACAGCUCUGCAGCUUCUGAACUGUGGCCAGAUGUGCUUCCAGAUGCUUUUCCCCUUCCGACCGAGUACUCGCACCCGCCACCUCUCCCAGGUGUGACCAAGGCCAUGUCUAAGACAGUGAGGAUGACUCUUGUUAUUGUGCUGGUCUACACCAUCUGCUGGUCUCCCUUCUUUAUUGUUCAGUUAUGGGCAGCCUGGGACCCCAACCCACCAAACCAAGGGGCUGCUUUCACUAUCCUGAUGCUACUAGCCAGUCUAAACUCCUGCACUAACCCAUGGAUCUACACAGCCUUCUCCAGCAGCGUGUCCCGUGAGCUGCUCGCACUGCUGCGAUGCCAAACCGGAUCUCCACGUCGAGGUUCCCUGCCGGACGACUCCACCACAACUCACACAUCCACCAACACCAAGGACUCCAUAUACUGACCUCUGGCCUGACUCAACAACACGCUCACACACCAGCACAUGGCAAACACACCACUGAUGUGAUGGGCUAGACCCUGUCCCAAAUGCUACUCUUUGCCCACAUUUCGGUGACAUAAUGCUGCAUAACUGUCAGGCAGUAAGGCCAAAUGUCGCAUUCGGGCUUGUGAGCAGAUAUUUAGCAUAAAAUGACAAAUGAGACACCCUAAGGUCUCAUGAACUCCACAAGCGUGCAUAAAGUGCACCGUUUGAUACAGGACUGGCGUAAUGUCCACACAUGUCCUAGUGUGCAAGCUCUUGGUCACAUGAUUUUACAUUCAGGUACAUGGCAGUUACACAACAUGAGCAGCAGAUACUGAUCCAUUAAUAACAACUUGCUUCAGUUUGAAAGACAAAACCACAUUGCCAUGCCCAGUGCUUUUUAAAGACAGCUGUCCAUUCAGUCACAUGAAAGCAGACUGGAGUGAUGAAUCAAGAGGAAGAGGAGGGGGAUGUGUUAGGAAGCGAAGGAUCGGAGGUCCUCCAUUGUUCUCCAUCUUUCUUUCAUGCCUCAACCGAGUGUUUUUAUAGAUUAGCAUCACAGGAUUAUAUCAGACUUCACAGUACAAAGUAAGUGUGGAAAAUGCAAUAGUGGGAAGAGAAAAAAGGCGUGUGAACAAUUGGACAGAUUGGACAAAAGAUUAUCUGGAUAUACGCUACACAAGACCAGCGGCAAGAUGCUGCAAAUUAGAGCGUCAGAAGUUUAGGGUUUUAGAAGUUUUAACAUUUCCACCACCAGCAAGAACGUUACGAAAAUAUCAGCCUAUGAUUGUGGGAAUCAAACACAUUGGCAGCUUAGUGACUUUGUGAAUCAUAUAUCAAAUCUAAAGUGUUCAAAAGAAUCUACAUUUGAGAACUGCUGGACACAAAAGCUGAGCUGAAUGAAAUCUCAUUUUAUGUGUUGGUCAUUUUAGUGGUUUAAUAUAUCAAAACAAAGAAAUACCACACAUUGUUUAGAAGCUGUUGAUUGUGUAAUGCAUUUCAGUCCAAAACUACACACUGUCCUGAGAAAUCCUUGCAUUGAAGAAAAAAAAAAUUUUCCUUUUUUCUUUUUGAAUGCUUUGGGUGAGAAAUAACUUUUUAGAGGAAACAGGGUAAUGGUAAAUGAACAGCAAUAUAUAGGUUGUAGGCAACAUUUCGAGGGCAACUGCUACAGUUGAAAUCUCUACAUUAUGUACAUAUGUAAAAACGAAUCACACCAAUUUCAGUUUCACCCACACGUUUGUCACUCUUUUUAGCUCUACCUCUGGUCUUUGUUUGAUUUUGUGUUAAAAAUUAUAUUUUUUUUUCUCAUUUGGAAUCUGGGGACCAUUCACAUGCUUCAGAGUAACUUAUUUGUACAGAAAAUAUUAACAUUAUAAUAAAAGAGUGUAGAAGGAUUAAAGGAUUAGUUCACGUUCAACUGAAAAUUACCACAAGCUUUACUCACCCUCAAGCCAUCCUAGGUGUAUCUGACU